AUGAGCAAAACCCAAAAGAAUCUAGAGUGGCUCGUGCUUAUUUACGACAAUGCCGUCAACCAGAGACUUGCAUUCCGUGCGCAGCAUCUUGCUAAGGUUCCAGCUAACAUUUCAAGCGGAGUAGUUACUAGUUGCGGGCCCAUUUUCAAGGAUGAGACCAAAAAAGAGUUUUUGGGUUCUAGUUUCACUGUUGUUGCAGAGACACGGUCACAGGUGAUUGAUUUCUUGAAGAAGGAUAUCUAUCUGACCGAAAAGGUGUGGGAUUUUGACAACAUUGUGAUUCAUCCAUACAUGCCAGUGUACCGGGAAGGCAAGGAAUUCAAAUGA